AUGGGACCUUCUUUCAAUUGUUGCGCCAAGACUUGCCUCGAGUGGUCGCAACAAGGUGUUUCUUUGUCCUCGCUGUCUCUACUUGAUCUUCGUCCUGUUUCUUUGUCCACAAGACACCCAGCGCAAGAACAAAGCAAGAUGCGCAUCCGUCUCGUCCACAAGGCCAGCAGCGCCGGCAGUGAUCGUGGUCAUUCUGCUGCCAGCAACAGCACCAAGACUGAGAGAACAAGCAUUCUCGCAACCAUGGGUAAAUCUAGCCAAGACCCCUCGGCCACCGAUCUCGAUUCAACAGACCACUCUUUCGCUCUGGAUCAGCCGCCAGAUGGCUUCGAUGCUGAUGUCGGUCCAUACGACCCAGACAACGACUAUUUUCCCGAUGAGAACAUGACAGACGCAGAAGCUGCAGAGGAAGCUGCCCGUCUCAGACAGGAGGAAAUCAAGGAGGCCAAGGAGUUUAACAAGAAGAACCACGGAGACCUCCUCCCUGAGCCCAAGCAGAAGAGACGCCGUGUUGCAGCAAGCAGAUCUGGAAACCAACUCUCAGAAAGGGUUGCGAUCGAGCCGUUCCUUCUUGCGGCAGGUGUCAAACACGCGGCCACGCCUGUGUCUAUUCGCGUGGAUAGACGACUACUUGGAUCACUGGGGUCAAUUGAGCUGAACGAAGAAGCAUUCUCUUCCAUACGAAAACCUCGCUACAUCCUCAACAUGGAGUGGGAUCAGCUCUCCUGGGAGCGCAGCAUCCUCGAUAUGCCAUUCCUCGACGAUGAAGAGCUGCCCUUCUUACGCGAGUUCGACGACCACCCUGAGGUCAGCCUAGAAGAGGUCCUUGAGAUCCUCCCACCCACUACUUUCUCUACCUCCGAGAUGACACGCGAGCACUAUCACGCAGUCUCCAACAGAGGCCCUGGCGAGACCUUGUACUCUACCCUCAACCCAGGCCAAUCAAUGAUGAACAGUCACGACCACUCCUCAACCUAUUCGCUCGGCGCUGCUCCUGCGGGAGAAGCACGUGAACCCCUCUAUGCCUACGCUGCUCGCAACCAGUACCCUGCCUACAACCAGUAUCCUAUCAACGACCAGUACGCUGCCAACAGCCAGGGUGGACCAGUCGUCAUGAACAACCCUUCAUCAACUCACGCUCCCAACGCUACCCCUGCUGGAGGAGGAUCCAACGAUACCAGCAAGGCUCAGGUCAGCAAUAGCCGCUCUCCGCGCUUGAAGCGCACCUGUAAGACCUGCGCCCAGCGCAAAGUCAAAUGCAACCUAAUCUCCGAAUCGGAUCCAAUGGUCUGCGAGCUUUGUAGCAAGAAGGGCCUUAUGUGCGAGUUCGAGGAACGAAAGGUCUUCACCAGAUCGGGAGCUUCGACGAGGGUGAUGGAUACUUGA